AUGCUAAGAGCUGCAGAGGAUGUUAGCAUAGAACAGGAAGACCUGGCUUCACAACAUGGGGAAUUGGUCAGUUGGGACAUCAAUGACAUCAAACUCCCCAAGGAUGUGAAACAAACAGAUUGGUUUCAGGAAUGGCCAGAUUCUUAUGUAAAAUGCAUCUAUAGCGCAGAUGAUAAAAAUGCUCAGAGGCACUUGAGUAGCUGGGCAAUGAGGAACACCAACAACCACAACUCACGCAUCUUGAAAAAGUCCUGCCUUGGAGUCGUGCUCUGCAGCAGUGAUUGCUCGGCCCCUGAUGGGGGGAAGAUGUAUCUGAGACCGGCCAUAUGCGAUAAGGCCCGGCAAAAACAGCAAAGGAAAUCAUGUCCUAACUGUAACGGGCCUUUGAAGCUUAUUCCCUGUCGUGGCCAUGGUGGUUACCCUGUUACCAACUUCUGGAGACAUGAAGGACCGUUCAUAUUUUUUCAGUCAAAGGGGGCUCAUGAUCACCCAAGACCAGAAACAAAAGCAGAAGCAGAAGCAAGAAGAUCAAUACAAAAAACUCAUGCCCCAGCUUCUCCAAGACUGAAACGGAGCAGAGACACUGAGUCCCUGACAGGUGAGAUGCAAAGCCAGGAUACUUUACCAUUAAUUGUUUCCAAACAGGAAGACUUUGUGUCACACAAACUCUUCAGUGGACGUUUCAGACACAAAAAUCCGCAAGAGCAGGUGAUAAGUCUGUCUCUUGCCAAAGGCUCCAGUUCUGGAAAAUCAUCUUACCUAACAGAGCACACUCAGGACAUGGGCUACAACAGAUACUUGGACAAGUGCAAACAGACUGGAAACAGUGACUAUAACUGCAGAGACCUUACUGCAGCCUCCACAUAUUCUGAAUACAGAGGGCAGCAAACCUGGACUAAGAACACGGACCUAGGAAGAAAUCCACCGGCAGAGAAAUAUUGCAGCGGCUCUACUACAUUCCUUGCAGGUCUGCCCUGUGAAACACUGGCCUCCAUAAACACGGUUGAUUUGGGCAUCCAGCAUGCUCCUAAUAGGUGGGAGCCAACGGUAAAGGUCGGUUGCCACUCAUUCAGAUCUAACGUAGGUUCAUUUGGAGAAGAUGUGCAUGAAGGAAAACUACACCUGAAUUAUAGUAGCAGCAACAUCCCUUCCUCCUUCUGUCAUCUCUCUCCAGAAGAUCCCUACCUCAUUGCAGAUGCUGCCCAUCACUAUUACCAGAACCCCUUGCCGACAAAAGGAAAUGAAUGGCACAUGGAAGACGAAAGGAAAUACACAAACCUUGACAACUGCAACAAUGAGAUGUUUUUUAAUUUCUUCCCUUUACGAUGA